AUUUCACUGUUGGUGGUGCUUUGUUCAACCUCAGCCCAAACUCUCCACAGCACUGACGUGUAUUGUUCCUCUGAACAUAUUACCGGUUGAGUUCCUCCUGCAAUGACGAGUGCUGGACACCUGGUAUGGGUUGGCUUCAUCGAUGGCCUCCUUCCAGUGGUGGGAUCGGUGAAAGAGGCUGUGGAGUGGGUUCUGGCUGUAGCUGCUGAUAAAAAGGCUCUGGCAGAUGAGAAACUUAAAGUCAUCAAUGGAAGGCUUGGACAGAAAGGCAAAUAUGACAAGUCUUUCAGGAGUUCUUCAGGAUAUGCGUCUGACAGCUCAACAUCGUCAUCAUCAUCAACUUUUAGAUUCUCCUCAGGCAAAGCAUCUGGCCAGGCUGCAAUGGAUGUGGCAAGUGUUCCUGAUACGAACCUGAAGGCCUUCAUCAUAGAAGUGGGAAAGGGAAAGGUACGUCCACAGACCGGGGGGCCGCCAGUGAGAUCUAAGGCUGAUCAGAAGAAAAUGCAAGACACUCGAGAAACGACACUGCGGAAGAUCCUACGCAUCAACCAGAAUUUUCAGUUAAACGACCCUCUUGCUGAUGAUGGUAAAAGGUCCAGAAGGGGAGAGCAUGUUAUCAACAAUGGUGUAAUUUCAUUUUACCACAAAGUUGUGGAUGAUUUCAUGAAGGAGACCUACCAUAUUCCAAACACACAGCGCAUUUUGAUGAAGAUGAGCUGUACAUCAAUGCUAAUGCACUGAUAUAUGGUGAGUACAGUCGAGUGCUGAAGCAGGCCCUUACACAUUGGCUUGCAGCAGAAACCCAGGAAGUUGUCGGUGAUGUGAAUCGCUUCGUACAGGCCAUGAAUGAGGAGGAGGCAUAUGUAGAUUGGCUGGCAAGGGACAAAUAUAUUGGGAAUCAGAAUGCGAGACGAGUCCGUGUUGAGACUACCAGAGGACAGGUGGUAAAUAUGUUUACCAAUUGGCAGCGAUAUUUUCAAGCUGCUAAAACUGGAAUUAACACCAUAGUUGGUCAAGGGCAGUGAUAGUAUAGGGCUCAGCCAAGGAUUUGAAAUGGAUAGAAAUUCAAGCAAAUAAUUGCUUUGCAAACUUGUGAAUUGUAUUGGGCUACAUAAAAAUGUUUUGGUUAAUAGGAGUAAGGUGGCAUGUUGUUACGUUGAAUAUACAUGUAAGCCAUGUUCUUUUCAUUUCAAUUAUGUUUAGUAGGCCUAUUUGUUCAUUAUGCCUGGCUCACUGCACAAAAAAUAAAGUCCUA